GGCGAAUUCCGGUGAGUUGUGGGUGGAUAUUGAAUUAUUGAGGUAUAUUAUUUAGAUUCAGUGGGAACAGCUCACAGCUUGAGUUAAGUGAAUAUUCGAGAGUCCGCAAAAUGAUUUUCGCAGUGAUAAGUUCUGCCGCGUCUACUCUUGCCAGUGUUGCUAAAUGGGCAAUCCCAUGGGCAAUUAGCGCAACAGAAAUAGCGGAAAUCGUGAUUCAACUAUUGAAAGAGCUUGAACUUUUAAGAAAGGAUCGGCAAGUAGCAUUGAAUGGGGCUCUUGGAGACCGAAAUUUCAUGAGGGAGCCUAGUAUGAUCGAAUUUCUAUCCAUCUUGUCGUUUAUAGACUCCCUUUUUGAGGAAUAUUACCGUUACCACGAUGCAAUGAAUACAUUGCUCCAUUCCGACGAGAACUCGGGGGCCGCACACGAGGCUAUGGAGACUAUCAAAAGGUCCAAGCAGCGGUCAAGCCUACUUAAUGAAUUAAUAAAGUCGAAGGGUGAAAGGCUCUCCCCACCCAAUAUAAGCGUGACCGGUCAAAUAGAUCACUUGCAAACUUUAUUUAAAAGCUCUCUAGAGAAAAUUGAAGCGAUUGGAGGACAUUUUCGCUCUAAAUUCAACUGUUCUUCGUUGCCAAAACAUAUUAAGGAUAUGUCGCAUAUAACAGAAGGAGAAGUAGGAGUGGAUAAUGAUACAGCGAAGAUUAUAGAAGCACUUUUUUGUUAUUCAAAAUAAAACAAGCAGUGAACUCCAACACAA